AUGAGUUGGCGAUCAGAACAUAUAUGGAUAGAACUUAUAAAGGGGUCUCGAAAACUAAGUAAUUUUUGCUGGGCCCUUAUCGUUUUUUUAGGUUCAUUAGGAUUCUUAUUGGUUGGAACUUCCAGUUAUCUUGGUAGAAAUUUGAUAUCUUUCGUUCCGUCUCAGCAAAUCAUUUUUUUUCCACAAGGGAUCGUGAUGUCUUUCUACGGGAUCGCGGGUCUCUUUAUUAGUUCCUAUUUGUGGUGCACAAUUUCCUGGAAUGUAGGUGGUGGUUAUGAUCGAUUCGAUAAAAAGGAAGGAAUGGCGUAUAUUUUUCGUUGGGGAUUUCCUGGAAAAAAUCGUCGCAUACUCUUCCGAUUCCGUAUAAAAGAUAUUCGAUCCGUUAGAAUAGAAGUUAAAGAGGGUAUUUAUGCUCGUCGUGUCCUUUAUAUGGACAUCAGAGGCCGGGGGGCUAUUCCGUUGACCCGUACUGAUUUGACUCCACGAGAAAUUGAACAAAAAGCCGCGGAAUUGGCCUAUUUCUUGCGCGUACCAAUUGAAGUCUUUUGA